AUGAUAAAACAAGUUGUACAAUCAAAUGAACAACUAUUAUCUGGAAGAUCACUGGAUGAAGGCUCAGCUAAAGAUGUUGUUCCAUACUUUGCAAAACAUGGAUAUCAAUGCGAGCCAUAUGAAAAUCCAGCUGAUUAUGCAUUAGAUGUCUUAAUAGAUGUUAGUCGAAAGCCAGAAACAUUGACAAGAUUGAAUAAUAUAUAUAAUAUUACACAUCCAAAUUCAUUGACACUCUUUCAUCGACAAUAUAGUUCAACCAGUAAUGAAUAUAUUGAAGAUGAACGACGAAAAUAUAAGGUGAAAGCAGCUCGUUCAAUUGGAGCAGAAAUCUUUUAUUUGUCACAGCGAACAUUACGUAAUGCUGUACGUAAUCCAGCAUUAGCAUUGUCACAAACUCUUGCUUCUAUUAUUAUUGGUUUGUUAGCUGGAUUAUUGUUCUAUGAGUUAAAGAAAACAACUGAACCUGGUGUUCAAAAUCGUUUGGGUGCAAUUUUUUUUAUUGUCAUCAGUCAAAUUUUUAGCAACUUGACAGCACUUGAACCACUGAUUAAAGAACGUGUACUUUUCAUUCACGAACAUUCAAGUGGUUAUUACAGAAUCUUCACGUUUUUUAUUGCCAAAUUAAUAUGCGACUUGAUACCUAUGCGUGUAAUACCAGCUAUCUUAUUUUCCAUUAUCUCUUAUUUUAUGACAGGUUUAACUCGAACUGGUGGACAAUUCUUUAUUUUUCUUAUAACAAUCUUUAUGGCCAGUCUAUUUGGAUCAGCUAUGUGCUUUUUCAUUUCGGCUACCAUAUCUAUAUUUGCUGUGGCUCUAAUUGUUGUUAUUCUCGUUCUUGUCAUUAUGAUGAUGUUUAGUGGAUUUCUUGUUGAUUUGUCAAGUAUUUUUAGUUGGCUGUCAUGGAUCCAAUGGAUUAGUGCAUUUCGAUAUGCUUCAAAUGUCCUUACUAUUAAUGAAUUUCAAGGUUUAACUUUCUGUUUACCAAAUCAAACUGAUUUUUGUCCAAUGACAGGUGAUGAGAUACUUGAUAAGAGAGCACUCGCUCAUGCUAAUGCGUGGGAUUUAUGGAAGAAUUUUCUUGCAUUGACACUGAUGGCUAUGUUAUUUUUUAUUUUCUCUUAUAUUCAACUUAUUAGAAUCAAAAAAACUAAAUAG